AUGUCGCUCACGCCCUCAGACUCCAAGAUGAUAAACCCAGCCUGGGGGUCGAGACUUACGCCGUCCAAUUCGCCAUUUACGAAAAACGCAUCUGUUAAAAUACCGGCCAAGCCGAACAGACAAGAGCUCGGUCUAUCGCUAAAGCAGGUCAUUGGCACUACGACGAACUCCGCCAACGCAUUCGAUAUCCUCCCUUCAGCCAGGUGCUUCGCAUUCACAGCCGGCGCCGCAGCAGUCAUUGCGGCUAUCGACGAUGCCCAUCAAGUAUCGCAGCGCUUCUUUCGAGCGCGGCCGAACGCAUCCCCACUGAAUCCUACUGCUUCAAUAUAUGACGGACCAUCCACUCCUGUCAAUGGCGCAAUCGAUAGUCGGAACAGAACCGCAGCGUCUUUAAGAGAAGCAGGCAUAGGCCCGUCUACGCCAGGCGGAGACUGGGCAGACUCGCCGGGGAACAAAUUAUGGUCAGCUAGAGAACGGAUCAAGGCUGCAACAUGCGUUUCGCUCAGUCCAGACGGAAAGUACCUGGCGGUUGGAGAGACUGGGUACAGACCGCGAGUACUCAUAUUCUCAACGUCGGUGGAUGCCCCCCCUGACAUACCAUUAACGUGUCUUACGGAACAUACCUUCGGUGUCCGUGCUGUCGCAUUCAGUCCAGACGCGCAAUAUCUCGCAACUCUCGGUACCGCUAACGACGGAUUUCUCUAUAUCUGGAGCAUCAAUGGCCGGAAUGGUCCCGCGAGCCUGUACGCAAGCAACAAGUGCACCAGUCAUAUCAACAGGAUAGCAUGGCUAGGGAGCAGCCUCGUUACUGUCGGCGUCAGACAUGUGAAAAUCUGGCGAACGGAUGGUUCCGAUAUUCGUUCACCGAGACGGCCGCGUCAAAGCGACGUGAGUUCUAUAUUCGCGGGCUCCGUACACAAGACUUUGCCGGGAAGAAACUGCGUUCUUGGGUCUCUCGUAGAUGCCACAUUCGUGUGCGUGGUCGCACUCGCGCCGGACAAAGCCAUCAUAUCAACUGAUCGAGGUGAUCUGUGUCUCCUGGAUGACAGCGCGGGCUUGCAGUCAUUCACCAAGGUCGCAUCGGCAGGCUUUAAAGUGACGGCAAUGGCAGCAGACCCAAAGGGUCUUGUAUAUCUGGGAGGCGCUCAAGGAGAAGUUUUGAUGCUGACUGUCAGCGACCUUCUCGCGAUACGCACGCCUCCAGUCUCACCAAUAUCUCCUCUGAACACGGAUGCAACUUCAGCAGCCCAGCGCCCAGCUCACAUCGAGGCGUUGGGGUCUCUGCCGGAUUGUGUUGUGAUGAUAGACUCUAAUCACUCUAUCCAGCUCUUGGGCCAAACUUCCGAAGAGGGGAUACUUCGUAAUAAUGUCCUCCAGCAGUUGCCUGCUCAUGGUGACGCCGUGUUAGGUGUUCGAGCACUCUCUUCACCGAAUGUUUGUGGGGCUUCUUUCUUCACCUGGUCAGCUGACGGCACUGUUCUCUUCUGGGAUCAUGAUGGUCUCUGCAAGGGCUAUCUCCAGGUCGAGCUGGAACAGUUGGACGGCAACGUUGAUGAAAUUAACGAAAUGAGAGUGGUCGGGGCAUCACUUGGCGCGGAGUAUUUGGUUUCUGGAGAUAAAUAUGGUGUCUUACGAUUUAUUGACACCGCGACCAAGCAGAGUUUCUUCGAUUUCCGAGCUCACGCUGGCGAAAUCACAGAUAUCGCUAUUCACGAAGCAAAGGCUACCUACGUGGCAUCUUCUGGUAGAGACCGAACAGUGCAGGUCUUCCAGCGACGGUCGGAUUCUUGGGACUUGCUGCAGACUCUCGACGAACAUGUAGGAGCAGUCACGGGCCUGCUCUUUACGCCAAGCGGAGACAAGCUGAUAUCGAGCUCCUCCGACCGAACACUGGUUGUCCGCGAGUUUUUUUCGAGAGAAGUCGAUGGCCGGCAAGUUGCCGCUUACCUAAUUCUUCGCACGAUUACUUUGAAAGCGACGCCAACAUCCAUGGCGCUAGCCUUGGAUCAGAACGAUACUCUGUUCCUUUCGACAAUCGAUCGGCAUGUACAUCGGUACGAUUUGGGGUCUGGUCAAGCAAUCAGUAGCUUCAAGGCCUCCGACGCAGAUGGCGGAGAUGCAGUGGUUCUGUCAUGUCUCGUUCAUGUGCCCUCGCCUACGGGCGCCUCUCUUAUUGCCGCAGUCUCAAGCACUGACAAAUCGAUUCGUCUCUACGAUGAGAGUGGGUCACUGCACGGACGCGAUUGGGGCCAUACCGAAGGCAUCUCCGACAUCGCUCUUAUAACAUCUGUGGCGGAGGCGAACAGACCAGCCCAGAAGUACCUCGUUACGGUAGCUGUAGAUGGCACGGUCUUCGUCUGGGACACGUCCCGAGCACCGGUUCGCCAUGACAUGUCCAGAUCCGUGGACUUGACCAGUCUUACGCCGGCAAGCAAAAAGCUCCUGGUGAAUGAUCCUCCUCUCCGCCGCGUACUCUCACAAUCGGAACUCGCCCGCUUUCAACGCUCAGCUACUGAAGAAGUAUCAACACCUUCAGGGAGCCGCUCACCGAUGCUCCGCAAAAGAAUAUCGAAGUUCUCGCUCGUGCAGCCACCGAAGCUGGAUCCGUCACCCAUGCCCAGCCCCCGAAACGGCACUUCUGCAGACGUAGCAAGCCGUAAGGCGAACAAGAACCGCUCGCCAUCACCGCCAAGCCCUCGCAAUCCCAGGACGUUCAAGCCUCAGCGGCCAUCACUCGACGUCUCAUCAAGAGCACGGAGUGCAGACAAAGUAAGUACGUUCGGAACUUUGACCAACUCGACCGAGCAGGUCUGUCGCACGCUACGAGCCUACCGGAAGAAGCUAGCCAGCAGCUCGGAAAACCUGAACCUCACAACGAUGAGGGAGUUGGAGCGGGAGCUAGGCCUCACGGCUAGGGCUGUUGGCGAGAAAGCCACGCAAGCCCAGGGCCUCGACGAUAGUGUCAUGGUUAAGAUGUUGGAUCAGUAUUCGGAGAGGCUUGUUGAGAUGCUGGAUGAGAAGAUUGCAGCGAGCGUAGCGAAGCAGGUGAGGCAGGGGAGUGAAGCUUGCACACCGCGGCGGGCGAGCAGUGGACUUGUGAAUGAAGACAGGGGCACUGAGGGGAUUAGGGAUGAGAAUAUUCCUAAUGUAGGCGCUACUACGGCAGGCGCGCAAGAGAAGUAA